AUGCUGGGAAUGAUAAGGUGGGUAGUAGAAGGGACAUUGGUAGCGAUGCUCCUGUCAGCAAUAAGAAGGGAAACGGGCAUGAUAUUUUUUUACAACCAAUAUCAAUUGGGUGGUUGGAUCCACAGAUAUCUGUCCUGGGGAGAGAUGUGCUAUUCAAGGACGCUAAAUAUGGCCAAACGUUCGAAGUUUUUCAGGAAGCAAUUGAACGAGGAUGGGUUUGGACGAAUCAACGACAGGGGAACAAAACGAAGGGGGUCUCAGAACAGUAGUAGGUUCGUGGAACUAGACUAA